ACCAUGGAAACGUUCAGUGUAUCGGUGUGUUUGAGGUUAAAAUUGUAAAUACUAAAUAUUGAUAUUGUCAACUGGAAUUUAAAAUGACUACUAAUUUUAAUUGUUGUGAUACUUUAUGUAUUCUCGCUAGAACUGUCCGAUUGUAAAUUACAAAAUUUACAUUAAACAUUUGUAGUAACAACAAAAAAGGAAAAUAGUAAAGGUGUUCCAAGGAAAAUGGCAGAUGAAGAAGAAGUGGUGGAGGAAAGCUCCGACGUUGUACGAGUCGCAAGUGCAGGAAGUGAGGCUGGGCUCAGCCCCGUGCAGGAAAAACCACUCGCCCCUCCAAAAUAUGAAGUCCGACCGGGACUAGGUGACAAAUUUCAAGCGGAGAACGUUCGGGAAAUAAUGCUGUCUUCAAUGAAGGAGCAGUUGAUGGGGCGACAGUACCGAGCGGACCAGGCUCCUCGCUGGGCCAAGAGCAUCUCAAACGCGGUGAGGCAACGAGUGCAGGACCUCGAUAUGAAGAGGUAUAAAAUUUUAGUCCAAACGAUCAUAGUGGAGAUGAAAGGCGCCGGCAUUAAGAGUGGUCAAAGGUGCAUUUGGGACCCAGAAACUGAUGCGUAUGUGGACGAUUUGUUCAGGAACGACACUAUAUUCUGUUACACGAUUGUCUAUGGUAUUUACAUGUAUUGAUAAGUAGGCUUUAGUAUUAUUUUACAUUGAGAUGAAUUAUGUACGAGUAUGUUUUAAGAAAGGAGUAUUAGGCAAAUAUUUUGUAGAUAAGAAUUAAUAAAAAAGUUCACCAA